UUAAAUUUGACCGUCACCGCUGCUUAAAUCAAUCCACUCUGCCGCGUCGACUCCCCCUUCUCUCCUUCCGGCUCGUCCGGGGCAAAUUAUUCCGGCCUCACUCGAUAUACUCACUCAUCACAGCUCAUCUGGCAAGGCAAAUGGCUCCCGGAAAGUGGUACGCUGUGAGAAACGGUCGACGACCGGGUCUCUACAAUAGCUGGCCUGAAUGCGAGUCGCAAGUGAAAGGGUUCAAUUCAGCCGUGUACAAGAGCUUCAAGAGCAUGGCGGAGGCGCAGUCAUGGCUCGGUGUCGUCUCGCAGUCCCCCUCUUCUGCUAUUGCAGAGGCAGCUUCUUCCACCAGCAAAGCAUCGUCCUCGAGAGGGAAGAAACGACCGUUGGUGCCCGAGAUCGAAGACACCACAGGUUGGGACAUCGUCUACACCGAUGGAGCAUGUAAAGGGAACGGAAAGCCGGGGUCUGUUGCCGGUGUAGGAGUCUGGUGGGGCCCCAGCGAUCCGAGAAACAUCGCGGAAAGGUGUCCGGGUGAUCAAACCAACAAUCGAGCGGAGUUGAUUGCCAUCGUUCGUGCUCUGGAGGAAACACCCAUCAGCAAGAAACCUCUGCUCAUCAGAUCGGAUUCCGUCUACUCCAUCAAAUGUUUGGGAGAGUGGCUGCCUGGUUGGGUGAGAAACAAUUGGACGAGUUCGCUUGGAGAAUCAGUGAAGAAUAAAGAAAUCAUUCGAUAUAUUGCCACACUGCUGAAUGCCCGUGCCCUCAAGGGCCAGAAAGUGCACUUCGAGCACGUCAAAGGGCACAGCGGGGAAGCAGGAAACGAAGGUGCCGAUCUAAUGGCUAAUCAUGGGGCGGCGUUGCAUCAGGAACCGGAGAGGGAUUGGGUAACACUCGAAGCUGAGCUCAGGCUUGGUGGCGAUGUUCAGUCCAAACUCGCUGCUGCUGAUGCAUUCCGGAUUCGGAGUCCUCCGCCGUCAGAAAGCCCAUCCAAGAUUCGCAAAAUCGAGCCUUCAGUCUCUAUGUCUGCACACCACAUUCCGCCUUCGAAACUGUCGUCCUCAAGCACUGAGCUGCCUGGUGAUGACCUCGAUGAGUAUGUUGAUGGGCUCCUGGACGACGAGGAGCUGGCCAACAUCAGCUUUUAGUUGUGUGUACGUAAUAUGUACGAUAUGGAUGAGGAUAUCCAACGCCCGAAAUCG